AGCCAAUCCUUAUCCCGAAGUUACGGAUCCAUUUUGCCGACUUCCCUUAUCUACAUUGUUCUAUCAACUAGAGGCUGUUCACCUUGGAGACCUGCUGCGGUUAUGAGUACGACCUGGCGUGAAAACUAUUCCUUCCCGCGGAUUUUCAAGGAUCGUCGGGGGCGCACCGGACCCUGCAAAGGUGCAGGGCUCUGCCAGCCGUGGAACCCUAGCUCCGGACAAACCGAUUUCAGGGUGAUAGGCUGU